UGCGCCGGUUUCUUGCAAAGGCAGAAAAAACCGGGAAAUUUCAGCCGUCGAAAUCCGAAAUGGCUGGUUUUUAAUUUCUACGGCAAAUUGUCGGUCUCAGCAAGCUUCUAAACCCUCGGAUUUUCAAAACCCGAAGUAGAAGAAGAUCGAUCCCUCCUAACCCUCACAUCUAGGAUUUCUGGAUUUCCCGGGUUUUGAUUCGACUCUGCGCCGAAGAUUUGAAGAUCUCAGAUAACGCCCUUGAAUCGAAGUUCUACUGCCUCGAUUUCAGUUUUUUUAAGGGUUCUGGCAGGGUUCUUGGGGCAAUUUGGGGAGUUUUUAUAGGGUUUAAUGUCGGAUAGGAGGGAGAAGGUGAGCUUGUUCGAUGCGGUGGACGGGAAUUCCGUCCCCGCCGAGCUGCCAGAAGUUAAAGGAUUUUUCAGUGUCGCUUCGGCUAAUAUAUGGACCGGCCGGCCUUACUCCCAGCGGUAUUUCGAGAUUCUGGAGAAGAGGAAGACACUUCCAGUCUGGCAGCAGAAAGAUGAGUUCUUGCAGGCUCUGAAUGAUAAUCAGACAUUGAUCUUGGUCGGCGAUACUGGCAGCGGGAAAACAACUCAGAUUCCUCAGUUUGCACUGGAAGCUGGGUAUGCUCUCGAUAAAGUUGAGGGGCAUAAGAUGAUUGCAUGCACCCAGCCUCGUAGGGUGGCUGCAACAUCUGUUUCUCGACGUGUAGCUGAAGAGAUGGAUGUAACAAUAGGAGAAGAAGUUGGUUACAGCAUCCGUUUUGAAGAUUGCAGCAGUCCAAAAACUGUUCUGAAGUACUUAACAGAUGGUAUGCUUCUAAGAGAAGCUAUGACAGAUCCACUGUUGGAACAAUACCAGGUGAUAAUUCUUGAUGAAGCUCAUGAACGGACUUUGGCAACAGACGUUCUAUUUGGGCUUAUAAAGGAAGUACUGAAAAACAGACAGGAUCUGAAGCUGGUUGUGAUGAGUGCGACGCUUGAGGCUGAAAAGUUUCAAGUUUAUUUCAAUAAUGUGCCAGUCAUGAAAGUUCCUGGAAGGCUUCAUCCAGUUGAGAUUUUCUACACGCAGAAACCUGAGAAGGAUUACCUUGAAGCAGCAAUUCGGACUGUUGUGCAGAUACACACGAGCGAACCUCCUGGCGAUGUACUUGUAUUCCUCACUGGAGAGGAGGAGAUAGAAGAUGCGUGCAGGAAAAUAAAGAAAGAAAUUUGUGAUCUGGGUGACCAUGUGGGACCUGUUAAAGUAGUGCCACUAUAUUCUACAUUGCCUCCGUCAAUGCAGCAGAGGAUAUUUGAGCCUGCUCCAGCUCCACUGCAAGCGACUGGUCCUCCUGGAAGGAAGAUCGUGGUGUCGACCAACAUCGCAGAAACUUCUCUUACUAUUGACGGUAUAGUUUAUGUGAUCGAUCCUGGGUUUGCUAAACAAAAAGUAUACAAUCCACGGGUGCGAGUGGAAUCUUUGCUCGUUGCACCAAUAUCAAAGGCAAGCGCACACCAGAGAUCAGGUCGUGCUGGUAGAACGCAACCUGGGAAAUGCUUUAGACUCUACACUGAAAAAAGUUUCAAUGAUCUUCAGCCACAGACGUUUCCUGAAGUUCUGCUGUCAAACCUAGCAAAUACUGUUCUCACCUUGAAAAAGCUUGGAAUUGAUGAUCUGGUACAUUUCGAUUUUAUGGACCCUCCUGCCCCUGAAACACUGAUGCGUGCACUGGAAGUCUUGAACUACUUGGGUGCUCUGGACGAUGAUGGGAACUUGACCAAGUUGGGUGAAAUUAUGAGUGAAUUUCCCUUGGAUCCUCAGAUGUCUAAGAUGCUUGUUGUUAGCCCUGAGUUCAAUUGUUCUAAUGAAAUCCUCACAAUCUCUGCUAUGCUGUCAGUACCCAAUUGCUUUCUUCGGCCUAAAGAGGCUCAGAGAGACGCAGACGAAGCCAAACGCCGGUUUAGCCACAUUGAUGGGGACCACCUUUCACUGCUACACUUGUAUCAUGCUUACAAGAAAAACAAUGAAGAUCCAUCGUGGUGUUACGAGAAUUUUGUCAAUCAAAGGGCAUUGAAGUUAGCCGAUAAUGUGAGGCAGCAGCUUUUGCGCAUCAUGGCCCGGUUCAACCUCAAGCUAUGCAGCACAGAUUUCAACAGUCGACAGUAUUACAUCAGCAUAAGAAAGGCUAUGCUGGCAGGGUAUUUUAUGCAGGUGGCUCACCUUGAGUGUCGCGGGGACUACUUAACGGUGAAAGAUAAUCAAGAGGUUGCUUUGCAUCCAUCCAACUGCCUGGAUCACAAGCCAGAGUGGGUCAUCUACAAUGAGUAUGUCUUAACAAGUAGGCAUUUCAUCCGUAUGGUUACAGAUGUUCGAGGAGAGUGGCUGAUCGAGAUAGCACCGCACUAUUAUGAUCUCACCAAUUUUCCGAACUGCGAAGCGAAGGGUGUUCUUGAGAGGCUGUACAAGAAACAUGCUAGAGAAAAGAGGGAGAAUAGGAACAGGACCAAAUGAAGCCAACCUCCCUGGGAUGGGAUGGGAUGUCUUUAAAAGCCUGUCUUGUCUGCUGGUCUCGAGGUGGAGGGCUAGGAUGCAAUGAAGAUGAAAAUGAUCCCCACCACCAAUUGUUGGUCACCCCUGAUCAUUUGGGGACCUGAACUCAUCUUUCAAAGACGCCCAUUGAAGGGAAACAGGAGAUUGCCGCUUGCAUUAGAUGGCCCACAAGUAGUUCCACCAGCCAUUGCCAAUGUGAGUAAUUUAUAUGCACGCAGCAAUGUGUUUUCUUGUUUGCAGAAUGGGAGUCGGAAGCUCCUUUUGUGUCAUGGACUGUGUACACAACUUAUACUAGUAGUAAAAUGACCCUUUUAUUUAUUUA